UCUGCACGAGCUAAACACAGACGCAUAAGACCGUUGGCUGAUCGUUCAGCCUUACACGAUAAGGAAGAUGGCGGAGUGAGUGCAGCGCCUAUUUCAUAAGAUUCUUUUAUUGCAGAGUUUGGAUCGUUUGUUGUGCCAAAACAUCACGCUGAAAGAAAUUUCUAUUAGAUUUUUCUGAAAUUGAUACUAUUCGAGCAAUAGAGUCGAAUGAUUCUUAGACUUCGUCGGGUGAACUGUUUUCAUACAUUCGUAUAAAUCUAAUUAAGUAGUGAAAAGUAAGGAUACACGAGAGGCUCCGCAUGUGCUUUCUUGCCCUUUGUGUUUUUGCCUCACUAGCAGAAUAACAUUUUCUAGCUAGUAUGGGCAGUAAAUGUGUUGAAAAUUUCACCGAAGACGUAAAUUUAGACAGCUUAGAUUCUAAGUGGACUGAAGAACAAGUGGUUGAGCCAAUGCCUAUCAAGCAAGAACCUAAACUCUCACCUGACUCUAAACUAGCUGCAGCAAACUUGAAGGCUGAGGACACAAAAAGAUCCAUGAACAUGAAAGUUGAGAAGUUAGAAAUUAAGGCCACAAAGUCUGAAUUCAAAAAUGAUAUUGGUUCAACGCAUACAAGCUCUCAGGAUCAUGCAAAUGAAGAAGACUGCAUCCCUGGUGAUCCAAGCCUCUUAGAUACUUUGGAUGUUUGGGAUGAAGAAGACAAGGAAGAAACAGAACCAAGAAGGAGAAGUUGGGAUAGAACCAGAGGACCCAGAGAAAGGCGUUCAAGGGAUCGAGAUGCUGGAAGAGAACGCGAACGAGAUAAAGAACGGGAUAAAGAUCGUACCAGGCGACGAUCUCGCAGCAGUGGCAGAAGACGAUCCCGCAGCAGUCGAAGAUCUCGAAGCAGUGGCCAAAAACGAUUCGCAGACGGCGGCGAAGGAAUCAAAAAGGAAUUGCGCCGUGAUCCAGAUAAGAGCAAUAAGGAUAUCGAGCAGAACAAAAUAAAGACAAAAAAAGAUAGCGAGAGCAAAAUUUUGGCAGAAAAAGAAAAGGCCAUAAAGAAUCUUCUUGAUUCUGAUGAUGUUGUACCGCCGGGUACCGAAGGUGAAGCCAUAGAGUGUAUGGUAGAGAAAGAAAAGGAAAAAACUGAACAUGAUAAAAAAGAAGAAGAUUUGCGUAAUCGUCUGAGAAGCGAUAAUCGACGCCGUAGUCCCGUUCAUUCGAGACUUGGACCUAGAAGACCUAGUCCACGUAGAAGUCCUCCAAGGCGUCGCAGUCCAAGUCACGAACGUCGAGACAACAGUUCGGAAAGACGAGCUUUAUCUAGGAGACGAUUGCGCGAACGACGAGUGGGCGGUAGAAGUCGUUCUCGCGAACGCCGCCGAACUCGAAGCAUCGAGCGUCGCCGGAGCCGAUCGUUGGAGCGUCGUCGCAGCCGGACACCGGAUCAUCGCCGUCGUUCCAGCCGCUCGCCUUACAGCGAACGUCGUCGUCGCCGAUCGAUAUCACGCUCGCCGAAUCGUUCGAGGAGACGCUCGCCGUUCAUCAACGAGCUCGCACGACAGUUCCAAGCCGACUCGAUGCCGAUGAAUCCGGAACCACCCAUGACACACGGACAUCAGCAGAUUGGCGGACCCGAUCAGAUGCCGCCUUCUUUCAUGUCCGUACCUCCACCCGGAAUGAUGGCCGGUGGACCACCACCAGGCAUGAUGGUGCCACCUGGCAUGAUGGCACCUCAAGUGCCCAUGAUGGGCGGCCCACCACCCUACAUGGGUUACGAUGCCUGUCCCCCUGGUCCGAGUUACGGACCGGGAGUAGCACCCGAUUACGGAGCUCCAUCCGUCAUGUACCCAGGAGUUCCGUCAGUUCCUAUUAUGAGAUCCAUGUCGCCUCAACCGGUACCCGCUGCUCCUUCCGUUGGUCUCCCCAUGAACCCCAUGAAUCCGAUAUACCCCGACGAUUGCACACAUCAACAGAUGCCAGCGAACUAUUAUACGCCCAACGACCCGCACUACUGCACCAGAUCGGAAAGCCCGGAGGACCGCAUGAGAACACCGGAACCUCCGAUAAUUUCUGAUUUCAAAAUUAUUGAGAAGACCAGUUUAUCCAGUCUCUUGGAGGCCUCCGUUUCAACAAAAGAUUCAUCUGGACUAAUACCUACAUGGAAAGGUUACAGGCCGGAAAUAACACGUCAAUGCGAAAAGGCGUUGCGCAGUCUACCAACUGAAGAUCCACGAUUGAACAUGAAAGGUCGUUUCUUCUUCGAUCCCGAAAAAAAGUUUCCUAAAAAAGACACAAAAAAAUUGUCAAACUCGAUUCUCAUACGUAAAGGUCGUACGGAAAUUCAUUGGGAGGAAGAAGAAAAACAAUUACAAUCGCAGCUCUUGUCUCAUGAUCGUAAACGCGUCAUUACCGUACAGAAGAUAUGCCAGACGGAUGAUCCCGGUCGUGAAUCCAUUGCUGUACAGACCACCGUUGAAACUCAAGAUUUUAGCAUGCAAGUCAUGGAUCAGGAUUUCUUGACGGCCCCUCGAGAAGAGUUACAGCGACGACCGGUCGCUGAUAGACUCGAUUGGAGUAUGAGAGAGACAUUCGAUCACGCUGUAAAAACGACGCGCGAUGUUGAUCACGAGGCACGUUGGUCGAUGAACCAUGCCCGCGAGCGAAUGAUGCAGCAAGCCAAUUGGAACAACCGUCCCUUCUCGCCGCCCAAGUUACAACCGAUCGUCAGCGACCAUCAUCACGGCGCUGCUGGUAUGCAUAUCGAUCGUAUGCCCGUAGAACAAUUAGGAAUGGGAAUGGACACGAUGGGUAUGGACCGCAGGCCGAUCGGUGACAAGAUGCUCGGUAUGGAACGUAGAGGAGGAGAUCGGUUGGACAUGGAGCGCGGAAUGAUCGGUCAACUGGAAAUGGAGCGCAGGCCCGGGGAUCGAAUGCCGGUCGAGCGCAUGGAUCGGGACUUGGAACGACGCAUGCUCAUGGACCAGAGCGCCAUGAAUCAGAGAUUCGUCGACCGCAACGCCAUGAACAUGAGGGACCGCGAGAUAGAGCUCAGAGCUCGAGAAGUCGAAAUGAGAGACGUCAGGAGUAUCGGCGUAUUUAGAGAUCAGGAACGGGAUCGCAUGGAAAUGAUGCGCGAACGCGGCAUGAUGCAAAUGCGAGGAGAAGAGAACUACAACAACAUGUUCGGUAGCAACGGCGGUGUUGGUUUUAUUAACAGGAACAAUAUGCAAAAUACAAUGAAUCGCGAUGAUUUGGAUACGCGGGAGAGUCCCUCGCCCGUACCCGAAGAGGACCAGGACGAUCUGCAAAUAAUUGAGGAGCGAGGAUUCAAUCGAGAACCUUGGAAGCAGCUCCAACAGCAGAUACAACAACAGCAGCAGCAGCAGCAGCAGCAGCAUCAACGACAGCAGCCGACCAUGGAUUCGAUGGGCAACGCAGCGAGAGGAGCUGCGACAAACAGACAAACCUUUCGAGGAGGUAGGGUUGGCGCCGGUUUUCGUCCGAAUUACUAAACGGGCCGUGUGUGAGGUACUGACAAGCGAUUUUGAGGGAGUCUGAUGAAGUGCAGAAGUUACCGAUCUUGGUAAUUAUGUUGUGACUAUUUUCAUUCCAUGGCUUACUCGACGGAGUAGCUUGCAUGGGAGCUAUGACAACACAGAACAAAUCAUGUAGCGCUGAUUUGAUUAAUCACUGGAACUUUCCUCAAAUCAAUCGUGUAUGUAAAUAUGUGUUCAUAAAAGAAAUAUAGGGUAAAUCUUCGUUUUAAAUUAUUAUAUAAUUUAGUUUACUAGUUUUUUUUCUACCUAUAGGUAUGAAAAUAUGUCGAUGUUAUAGAGCUGAACUUUUAUAUUAUUAAGAGGACAGAUAAACCAAAGUUUAUAUUAGGUAGUAAAACCUUCGCCUCGUGUAUUCGAAUUUCAGUUUUCGUUAUUUAAUUUUUUUUUCUAAACUAGAUAAUUACUUCAACAAGUCAUUGCUUGGCUCUAAGUGUUUUUUUUUUUAUACUAAAAUUUCUUCAUCCACUUCAAA